CUUCAGAGCUACCAUUCUCAGUUCACCACUGCACCGGACACGGUGGGUAACAUGGCCCUGUUACCAUUACGAACCAAAUUCCGCGGUCCGGCCCCAAUGAUGCCCGAUUUGGAAAAGGAUAUCAUUGAUGAAGCUCUUUAUUUGUUCAAACCACUAAUAUUUUUCCGUCAGUACGAAAUCAAAAGUGAAGCCGAUCGAGUUUUAGUCUAUAUUAUAUUGUACACCUUGGAGUGCCUUAAGAAAAUGCAAAAGUGUCCAAACAAGACAAUUGCUGCGAAAGAACUCUACUCGAUGGCUAUCGCACGUUUCGACAUUCCCGGUGAUCCAGAUUUUCCACGCGAACUGAACUCGUUGUACGCGAAACCGAAGACCCCGGCCCAAGCGGAUACGAUGCGCAACUAUCUGAUGCAAAUUCGUCAGGAAGUGGGUACUCGUUUGUUGGACAAAGUUUACGCAUCGGACACCAGUCCACCGAACAAGGUAAUUCUGUCAAUAAUAAAACGACGGGUCAAAGAUUCACGGCUGAUUAUCACUAAACCACGACGAAUCGUUAUGAAGUUUUAUUUCUAA